CAGUGCUCUGUACAAGCAUCACCUCCUAGUGGACGAUGGAUCUUUAAAUUGGGUACAUGCCCACAAAUCGUUCCAAGAGUUUAGGGUGACAUUAGAAACAGCAAUGACGAAACAUUCAGAAGGAACUUCCUGCACCCCACUGGUGGUUCUGCUGUAUUGUGGAUGGUCUUAUGUUCUCGAUGGAGUCCAAUCUGCAUUAGAAAACAACGUACCUGUGGUUGUAUUGCAGGGGACAGGUGGUGUUGCUGAUGCACUGGCCAAUGUGUUAGAAACCUCCAAGAAAGACAGGAAAAGUUCUUCUGGUGGCAGAGACAAAGAAUGGACGGGCACAGUGAUUGAUGAAGUUUUACGUCAGCAAGUAAAGGAGGAGUUUACCAAAGUUCACGAAAAAGGAAGUGAGGUUGGCGAGUACAAAAUCAUGCAGUGUCUACAGAAAAGAGAGCUCAUCACGGUUGUACACAUUGACGAAGAGGAAACCACGAUGGUUAACGCAGUAAUACGGGCACUGCUAAAAAGUAAAUCCGUCCCUGAAGUGCUACGCAUCCUGGACUACUAUAUGCCGGCGAGGCUGUUUGACGGGGAAGGGGCUGCUGCGGCAGCUCACAACGACAAUGAGCAAAAUCCGAAACAUCCCAGUGGUAAAGACACAGUAGGCAUGUUCCUGGUUCAAGCGAUGCUGAUGGACCAGGCUGAGAUUGUGCAGUUCAUUAUAGACCAUAACGGUGUGGACAUUACAGCAUUCUUCACUAAAGCUGUGAUUUCAAAAUUGUAUGAAGUGCAAAACUGUUCACCGAUACUAAUAAAGUUGUGA